AUGCGCUGCUGGCCUCAGCUUCUGCUUCCUGCCUUGUGUUGGAUCCUGUUCAUUUGUCAGACGUCUGCACAAGGUAAGCUCACACUUAUUAUGACAGCUUAGUUAUCUUAUGUCAAGUUACGCUAAGUUGCCUCAAGAUCAUUAACAAGGGACAAUACUCAGUUACUAGAUUAUUGCUGAUUAGUGAAGGGAAAUCACUCCAAGGCUGGACUUCACAUUCCAGGACAAGUUAACAAAAUAUAUCAGGAAAGGAAAUUUAAAACCUGAAGCAACAAUAAAGUCAACGACUGCAGGAACAAAUUCUAGAAUUCUGAAACGGUUAGGCCAAGAUGACACACUCGACCAUUAGACACACAGUUCCUAAAUAAAGACCCAUUACACACACUGGACCACCAUAAAUCGGACUCACACGGGACUGCCAUAAAGACCCAUUACACACACACACACACACAAUUCGUCCAUAUGGGCAGGAGCCUAAAGUAAAUUCAUAGUUACAUAGCUGAAAAGAGACUUGCGUCCAUCAAGUUCAGCCUUGCUCACAUAUGUUUUUGCUGUUGUUUCAAAAGAAGGCAAAAAACCCAGUCUGAAGCGCUUCCAAUUUUGCAACAAACUAGGAAAAAAAUCCUCCUUGGAUCAAGCAGCUAUUACCCCCCUAAUUAGAAAUUAUAUCCCUGUAUGUUAUGUUUUUGCAAGUAUUUAUCUAAUUGCAGUUUAAAUAUCUGUAUGAACUCUGAUAAAACCACCUCUUCAGGCAAAGAAUUCCAUAUCCUUAUUGUUCUUACUGUAAAAAUCCCUUUUCUUUGCCUUAGAUGAAAUCUCCUUUCUUCCAGCCUAAAUGUGUGACCUUGUGUCCUAUGUAUAGCCCUGUUUAUGAAUAGAUUUAGAAUAAAAUGGUUUGUAUUGGCCCCGAAUAUAUUUGUAUAAUUUUAUCAUAUCCCCUGUGAGGCGCCAUUUUUCCAAACAAAAGAGAUUUACAACCUUUUUUUCCAUUAAUAAAAUGCUCCAUUCCUUUUUGUCUCUGCACUAUUUCUUUUGCCAUAAUAUCCUUCUUAAAACAGGUGCCCAAAAUUACACAGCAUAUUCAAGGUGUGAUUUAGAUUUAUAAAGAGGCCAAAUUAUAUUUUCAUCGUGAGAAUUUAUGCCCCUAUUUAUACAUGACAAAACCUUACUGGCCUUAGACACUGCAGAUUGACAUUGCAUAUUGCUGCCUAAUUUGCUGUCUAUAACAAUUCCCAAAUCCUUCUCUUGUGUGGUUAUCCCUAAUUCACUACCAUUUACGGUGUAAGUUGCUUGUGCAUUCUUAACCCCGAAGUGCAUAACUUUGCAUUUCGCUACGUUAAAUUUAAUCUGCCAUUUUAGUGCCCAGUCCCCCAAUCUAUCCAAAUCCCUCUGCAGGAAAGCAAUAUCCUGCUCACAUUUUAUUACUUUACAAAUUUUUGUGUCAUGUGCAUACACUAAAACAUGGCUUUCAAUGCCUAUUUCAAGAUCAUUUAUAAAUAUGUUAAAUAGAAGCGGUCCCAGAACAGAACCCGGAGGGACACAACUUACCACUUUUGUCCAGCCUGAAAAUUUACCAUUAAUGACAACUCGUUGUACUCUACUCUAAGCCAAUGUUCUACCCAAGAACAGGAACAUUCAUCUAGACCAAUUUCUUUUAGUUUGAAGACUAACCUAUUGUGUGGAACUGUAUCAAAUGCCUUAGCAAAAUCCAAGUAGAUCACUUUCACUGCAACACCCUGAUCUAUACUUCUACUUACUUCUUUGUAGAAUGUAAUUAGGUCAGUUUGACAUGACCUGUGCCUCAUAAAACCAUUCAGGGCUGUCCUUUUGAUUAUGGGAGAACUGGAAGGAUAUAAUGCAAUGGGAGUGCUUGGUGAGUCUCAUAUAUAGUCAGUAUGUGAGGCUGAACUUUCUCAAUCAGACAUGUCCUUCAGGAGCCAAGAGUGUUCUUCAGAUACAGUCAUGUCCAGCAGAAUGUAUCUUUCAGGGUUAUCUCUGCCUUUGAGUCAAGCAUGUCCCCCAGAAAAUGCCCUUCGUAGCAGAUUCUAUUGUAUUGAGGGUUUUUUGUUGUGGAUUCAUACCAACUGUUUUAUCUCCCAGCUAUAAUAAUUAAACAUAGACUACUAAAUGUUCUCUUUUUAGAAAUACAGUACAAGUUUCUUAUCUUUAAGAAGAUGAAUUAUUGAAUGUUUGGAAAGGCUGACAUUGAAACACAAACUCUUAAAUGGAUAUUUAUCUGAUUAAAAUUUCAUUUAAUUAAUAUGUAUUUUUCCUCAGCUGACGAGUGCAGUGAGCACUGCGAUAUUUAUCACGGACAUUGCGACGAGGAAGGAGUUUGCAGGUAAGUGUGAGUUGACAUGGGGUGCAGAGAAAGAGUCUUCCAUUGUUGUUGGUGGUGAGGUUUUUCUAGAAUUUAAAACAUGAAUAAAUCUGCAAUAUAAAACGAAUUUCUAAAUCUGUGAGAUAGCCUUCCAAUAAAACACACAGACACACUCCUAGCAUUACAGUAACACACACAGACCCACUCAAACCAUCACAGUAACACAGACACACUCCUUCCAUUACAGUAACACAGACUCACUCCUACCAUCACAGUAACACACACAGACCCACUCAAACCAUCACAGUAACACAGACACACUCCUACCAUCACAGUAACACAGACACACUCCUAGCAUUACAGUAACACACACACUCAUAGCAUUACAGUAACACACACAGACCCACUCAUAUGGUAACACAGACACACUCCUAGCAUUACAGUAACAGACACAGACCCACUCAAACCAUCACAGUAACACAGACACACUCCUUCCAUUACAGUAACACAGACACACUCCUAGCAUUACAGUAACACACACAGACCCACUCAAACCAUCACAGACACACUCCUAGCAUUACAGUAACAGACACAGACCCACUCAUAGCAUUACAGUAACACACACAGACCCACUCCUACCAUCACAGUAACACAGACACACUCAUAGCAUUACAGUAACAGACACACACCCACUCAUACCAUCACAGUAACACAGACACACUCUUUCCAUUACAGUAACACACACAGACACACUCAUACCAUCACAGUAACACACACACACUCAUAGCAUUACAGUAACACACACAGACCCACUCAUAUGGUAACACAGACACACUCCUAGCAUUACAGUAACACACACACAGACACACUCCUAGCAUUACAGUAACACAGACACACUCCUUCCAUUACAGUAACACACACAGACCCACUCAUACCAUCACAGUAACACAGACACACUCCUAGCAUUACAGUAACACACACACUCAUAGCAUUACAGUAACACACACAGACCCACACAUAUGGUAACAGACACACUCCUAGCAUUACAGUAACAGACACAGACCCACUCAAACCAUCACAGUAACACAGACACACUCCUUCCAUUACAGUAACACAGACACACUCCUAGCAUUACAGUAACAGACACAGACCCACUCAUACCAUCACAGUAACACAGACACACUCAUACCAUCACAGUAACACAGACACACUCAUAGCAUCACAGUAACACAGACACCCACCCACUCAUAGCAUUACAGUAACACACACACACACACCCACUCAUAGCAUCACAGUAACACAGACACCCACCCACUCAUAGCAUCACAGUAACACAGACACCCACCCACUCAUAGCAUUACAGUAACACACACACACACACACCCACUCAUAGCAUCACAGUAACACAGACACCCACCCACUCAUAGCAUUACAGUAACACACACACACACACACCCCCACUCAUAGCAUCACAGUAACACAGACACCCACCCACAGCAUUACAGUAACACACACACUCAUAGCAUCACAGUAACACAGACACCCACCCACUCAUAGCAUUACAGUAACACACACACACACACACCCACUCAUAGCAUCACAGUAACACAGACACCCACCCACUCAUAGCAUCACAGUAACACAGACACCCACCCACUCAUAGCAUUACAGUAACACACACACACACCCACCCACUCAUAGCAUUACAGUAACACAGGGCUUGACAAAUUUGCUUGGGAUCAACAACGAAAAUAACAAUUCCUAAAGGAACACUAUAGUCACUAGAACCACUACAGGCUAAUGUAGUGGCUCUGGUGUCUAUAGCCUGUCCCUGCAGGCUUUUCCACGUAAACACUACCUUUCCAGAGAAAAGGCAGCGUUUACAUUGCUGCCUAGUAACAUCUCUAGUGGCAGUCACUCAAACGGCCACUAAAGUGUCUCCUAUCUGCAUGGAGGCGCAGAAUGCUCCCCAAAGAGAUGCAUUGAUUUAAUCUCUAUGAGGAGAUGCUGAUUGGUGCAGCAUUUUACUGUGCAUGCUCAAUAGCUCCCAAUGCUUUCCAUCUCUGACCCCUCCAUUAUCACUCUGGUAUUUGUGUUACUUAUAAUAUUUUUAUUAUAAAUUUUAUCCACUUGUCAUAUUACAACUUUGGAAUAGUGUAUGGGUUUUUAUCCUUUUACCAUAUGUAUAGUAGUGCUUUGAUAUAUAUCAUGAACAUGUAUCCAUGAUUUUGAGUAUUUUAUUUUAAUUAUUAGUAUUUUUUUUAUGUACUUUAAUAUAUGGCUUUCAUGUCUGUGUCAUUUUUUUAUAUUUAUCCCUUUAAGUACCUCUUUUGUAACAUUUUAGUUAUUGGAAUGAUAUGUGUGGAUACGAAUAGAUAAACAUGUAAUGACUAGCACUGAUUGAGUUUUCUAUGUAUUUCCAACUUUUUGCCCUUCUCAAAUAUGGCUGAGAUAACUGCCGCUUUAUUUACAAGCAUAUCCACGAAGACCCCGUGACAUCAUCUCAUAUGGACGCCGGAACAUGCGUCCAUCUACAACACAAAACAGAAGAUUAUGUUGAUAUGUAUACACAACAGACUUGACAUUGCCGGUAUUCAAAGAAUUAUCUUUGCAAUUACAUCUCAAGCGCGGCAUUUGCCGAAUUGGAAUGCAUGCGGUUCCAAAAUGGCGCUGAUGCGUUCCAAGCUGAACCACAUAACAUCACCACAUGUAGUUACGCCGCGUCACUUCCGGUGCGACGCGUGCGUUCCACGAGUGGAAACCGGAUAUUGGACACACCAGGAAGUAACUCUUCAUAAUUGUAUCACCUAUAAUAAAGGACACAUUUAAGGACUUUCCCACACUUCUGAAGAAGCCUGUGAUAGACAAAACGCGUUAAGUGGGACUUUUUUUUAUAGCCACCUUGUUCUUUGUUUUAUUAUAUUGCCAUUAAAUAGUGUAUUUUAAAGAUAUAUACACAUCUAUUUAUUUUGGAUUCAUCUUUUACUUCCUGGUCAUCAUAUCCUCUGGUGGGGAUUAUACCACCUAAGCUGAGUAUACUAGUAUUCUGCUCUAGUAAAUGUGAGUACCACAUUUUUUAUUUUAUUUUCUCUUAUUCUUAUCAGAAUAUAUUGAACUAUUGGAGUUUUCUUUAGUUUUUUUAUACUGCUACUCAUCUGAAAUAUUGGAGACACUUGCUUCCACAUAGAUCCUUAGACGGGGAUUGUCCCGUCCAUGCGAAUUACGGUAGAGCUCAUAGUCAGCUCUAUCAAAUGUGAGUGUAUAUUGCUUUAAUCCACUCCAAAAUUUCAUCUAUUUAUCAAAUCAUAUUGCACUAUUGGGUUUCCUCUGUUUUUAUCUUUGAGGCUGUAUGCAAAUUAUUUGGAAAAAACUUUGUGUAUGUAUAUUAUUUCAUUAUUACUAUCUGGGGCGCGGUUUCUCUUUUUCUUUUGUUUGACUCUUUUUUUCACAAGGCUGGAAAUCCUUGUACUAGUUACCGCUGCCUAUAAAUACUUUAUACUUAAUAUUGGAGUGAGCACCUAUUACAUACUUUUCUAUAUCUAACAAAGGAUCCAAGAUGGCCGACCGCCACGUGGCCGGUAGCCGAACGGCGGCCACCUUGAACAUUAGCUACCGAAAGAUACAAUGUUGCGAUAUUUAAUGGGAGCCACACGACCUCCUGUGUGUGGUCUCCCAUUCGGUAAUUUGUUCGUUUCACGAACCGUGUUGAAAUUCACGGUUUGUGAAACUACUGUAUGAAUGCUUUCAUGUCACCAGAAUAUGAAUGCUCUCGUUCGCAUCAAAUACAGACAGGGAAUACACUCAGCUCAGAUAGCCUUAAAGCCACAACAUCACAUUAAUGAACAUACAGUCUUAAGUGGCUAGUUUUGCCAUAUAUAAUAUAUGUCAUACUGUCAGGAUCACAAGUUGAUCCAGCACACAGAACUGUGUCACACGUAGGACUAAGGAUAAUGUAUAACCGGACCUUAGAAUGGCCGGACUUAACAUAUCCAAGAAUAGUCAAAAUACUUGCCGAGGUCAGGGACACAGAAUCCGACACAACGAUGAGGGAAAGCCAAAAGUCAAGGAUACCAGAAUUCAGGGAAGUCAAAACGAAGCCAAAGUCAAAUACCAGAAAAUCAAGAUCAGGAACGCACUCUCGGAUAACCAUCAGGAUGAAACCAUGACAAAGCUACGAGCAAAAGGAAGAUUGGGUUUAAAUACCCUUCCUGUGGAUCAGAUUCGCCGUAACCAACCUUUGACCCCAAAAGCAAUUACCAAGUUUUCAUGUGCAUGAUUGCUGCUCGGCACAACUUUUCCUGUCAGGACGUUAAUGCUGCUCAGCACAACUUUUCCUGUCAGGACAGUAAAUGCCAUUAACCACAUCUUUAUGUGCGGAUGAAUACAUGACAUUACCCCCACCUGAAGACUGCCCACCGGGCGGGCAGGGCCAGGUUUGAGAGGAAACUUGGUGUGAAAAGAACAAAUUUUACGGCCAGUAUGGAUAUCAGAAGCCGAAACCCAAGAACGGUCAGCAUGCCCAUACUCCCUCCAAUCAACCAAAUACUUUAAGGAACCACAAGAAAACCUGGAAUCAAUGAUGGAGGAGACUUCACACUCCUCCUGUCCAGAAACAACCAAAGGAGGAGGGGGAACAACCGGACUUGUGUACCGAUUGCAAACAAGCGGUUUUCAUCAAGGACACAUGAAAAGUAUUAGGUAUACGUAAGGACGCUGGAAGGGCCAGAGAAUAAGAAACAGGGUUGAUUCUCCUAACCACACGAAAAGGACCAAGGAACCUUGGAGCAAACUUCAUGCUGGGAACCUUCAACCUGAUGUUGCGUGAGGAUAACCAAACCCGAUCACCAACCUGGUAAACUGGAUUGGCCCUCUGCCGUUUAUCCGCAUGAAACUUAAAGCGAGCAGAGUGAACCUUAGUCCAGGUAUCACGAAUAGAGGUAAGGUGAUCAUCCAGAGUAGGGAUAGCCGUAUCAGAAAACACAGCAGGGAGAACAGCAGGAUGACGACCCGUAUUGACAAAAAAACUGACUAUGCCUAAAUGAGUCAUGGGUAGCGUUAAUCCUUGCAAAUUCAGCACAGGGCAAUAAUUCAGCCCAGUUAGACUGUGUACUAUUCACAAAGCAACGUAAAUACAACUCAAGUCAUUGGUUAGCUUUUUCAGUCGUACCAUUAGUUUGGGGAUGUAAGCAGAGCAAAAUGAAAAUUCAAUGCCCAACUGUUUAUUGAAUGCCCUCCAGAACUGUGACACAAAUUGGGAACCCCUGUCAGACAAUAUUUUGAGGAAUACCAUGUAGCCUGACAAUAUCGCGUAUAAAUAUGUGCACUAGGUCCUGAGACUAUGGCAAUUUUUUAAGUGGAGUAAAGUGUGCCUUUUUGGAAAACCAGUCAACUACGAAGAGGAUGGUUGUAUACCCAUUGGAACUAGGCAGUUCAACAAUGAAAUCCAUCGAUAAAUGAGACCAUGGGAUACUGGGUAUAGGAAGUGGCUGUAACAAUCCACACAGAAGUUUAUGAAGAAGUUCAAAACUGCACAGACAGAGGAGGCUUCUACAUAAUCAUAUCCCUCCUGAGUGACUCCCACCAAAAUGACCUGGAAAUGGCGGGUACAGUUUUAUUAAUACCCAGAUGGAUGCCCAGCAGUCACAUUGUCACACCUUCAGCAUCUCUUGCCUGUCAGGCAAUGGAAUAAACAAUUUAUCUUGAGGUUUGUUGCAAGGUGCCUGGGGCUGAGCCGCGAUGAUAGCUCAGAGCAAAGGGGACGUCAGCUUUAACAUUCUUAGAACCGGGUCUGUAGGUGAUAAUGAAUUUAAAGCGAGACAAUUGUCAUCCCCAAUAUUUACGCCAGGUUCUUGUGAUCAGUAAUAAAUCAGAAUGGGAUCCUUGGAACCCUCCAAAAGAUGUCGCCAUUCCUUAAGCGCUAGUAUGAUGGCUAACAGUUCUCUAUUACCAAUGUGACAGUUACGCUCGGCAGGAGACAACAUUCUGGAAAAGUAACCACAAGGAUGCAAAGCGGCAUCCUGACUCUCUCUCUGAGAAAGAACAGCCCAGACCCCUGUCUCAGAGGCAUCAGCCUCAAGUAGGAAAGAUUUACUAGUGUCAUUAUGUCUUAAUAUAUGUCAGCAGAUACGAACAUUUGUUUAAGAAGCUCAAAAGUCUCUUUAGCCCCCUUGCGUGUCAUAUUGGUGAUGGGGGCUAUUACCGAAGAGAAACCUUUAAUGAAUCUCCUAUAAUAGUUAGAGAAACCAAUAAACCUCUCUAUGGCUUUUAACCCAUUGGGUAACGGCCAGUGUAGAACGGCCUCUAGUUUGCGAAGAUCCAUUUGGAAACCAGAGGCAGAAAUAUUAUACCCCAAAAACUGAACCUUAUGCUGAUCAAAUAUGUAUUUCUCAAGUUUACAAUAAAGUCCAUUAUCAAGGAAUGUUUGUAAUACUUGUUUAACAUGUUCAUGAUGAGUCUGGAGGUCUGGGGAAUAAAUAAGGAUAUCAUCCAGGUAAACUAGAACAAAUGAAUAGAUAUAGUUCCUGAGUAAAUCGUUAAUAAGAUCCUGAAACACAGCCAGAGCAUUGCAUAAUCCGAAGGGCAUGAAAAGGGACUCAUAGUGCCCAAUCCUAGUAUUAAAUGCCGUCUUCCAUUCGUGAUCCUGGCUAAUACUCACCAAAUUGUAUGCACUCCUAAGGUCAAGUUUGGUAAAGAUCUUAGCACCCUGGAAUCUAUCGAACAAGUCUGAUAUAAGGAGAAUGGGAUAGGCAUUUCUGAUAGUAAUCUUGUUUAAUGCCCUGUAGUCAAUGCAAGGAUGUAACUCUCCCUCUUUUUUAGCUACAAAAAAGAACCCUGCUCCAGCAGGCGAGGAUAAUUUACAUAUAUGGCCUUUUCUUAACGAUUCUUUGAUGUACUCAUCCAUGAUCUUACCUUCUUGUGGGGAUAGGGCAUAUACUGCUCCUUUAGGAGGCAUAGCCCCGGGCAACAGAUCAAUGGAGCAAUCGUAUGACCUGUGUAGAGGAAGAACAUCAGUCUGGCUUUUAUUAAAUGCCUCCCUAACCUCCCAAUACUGUACGGGAAUUUCGGGGGUCAGAGACAUAGCAGCGGAUAAAGCAACAAUGCCCACUUUGGUAAUGUGAAACAUGCAGUUUUUCCUGACUUAUCUUUACCCCAUUCCAGUAUUUCCCCUUUAGUCUAGUCAAUAUGAGUGUUAUGCUUGAUGAGCCAAGGGAACCCUAAUACGAUGGGACAAGAAGGAAAAGCGAUCAGGAAAGGAACGUCUUCCUUAUGCAAAGCUCCUAUCGUAAUGCAAAUAGGCAAGGUCUCAUGGGUAGUCAAUGGUUGAGAUAGGGGCCUCCCAUCCAUAGCCUCAACGGCUACAGGUAAAGAUCUCUCCUGGACUGGUAUAGUGUGUUUCUUAACAAAAUAUAAAUCAAGUUACCAGCUGUCCUUUUUUGCCACAAUAUAAGCAAAGACCCUCUUUUCUCCCAUACUGUUUCUCUGCCUCAGACAGUCCAGUAACCCCUAACUGCAUAGGUUCGGGUUCAGACACCGUCGGAAGGCCAUAGACAACAGGUUUGGAGAAUCGAGGUGCUAGUGACAUCGUCAAACGUCUAGUUCUGUUUCUAGCAAUUUCCCUGGUCCUGAGUCUAUUAUCGAUCUGCAUCACAUAAGUAAAAAAGUCAUUUAACCCCUUAGGUAGGUGUUUGGCAGCAAUUUCGUCAAGAAUAUUCUCGGAUAAUCCUUAUUUAAAAGCAGCGAUUAAUCCGUUGUUAGUCCAGUCUACCUGUGAUGCCAAAGUAAGAAAUUCUAUGGCAUUAUCGGAGAUAGACAGGUUCCCUUGAUAUGCAGUAAGGCAGGGGAGGCGUCUUCCUCCCUGCCUAAUGGUUCAAACGUCAGUCUGAAUUCCGCCAGGAAUUCCUGGUAACAAUGAGCGAUACUCCUAUUACUUUCCCACAAUGGAUUAGCCCAAGUUAUGGCCUUACCUUUAAGUUAGUUCAUCAGAUACCCAAUCUUAGAUCUAUCUGAAGGAAAUGAACCAGGUGAGGCCUCAAAGUGCUACUCAAUCUGACUGAGAAAUCCCCUACAUUACCAGAAAAAUGCGGGGGAGGAGAUAAGGUGGAGGUACAUUAGGCAGCGGUGACAUAAUUGGAGAAGCCUCAGGUUGUAAAUGAGCCGUCCUAGUAAGGAGCAUGCUAAAAAAAUCCAUACGGUGAUCAUUCUCCUCUAGUUUUCUCUCACAAGCUGCUAUGUGCUGACACAAUUCUGCAGGAUCUAUGGCCAUGUCGUAAUGUCAGGAUUCCAAGUUGAUCCAGCACGCAGUACUGUGUCACACCUAGGACUAAGGAUAACGUAUAACCAGACCUUAGAAUGGCCGGACUUAACGUCUCCAAGAAUAGUCAAAAUACUUGCCGAGGUCAGGGACACAGAAUCCGACACAACGAUGAGGGAAAGCCAAACGGCAAGGAUCCAGAAUUCAGGGAAGUCAAAACUAAGCCAAAGUCAAAUACCAGAAAAUCAAGAUCAGGAACGCACUCUCGGAUAACCAUCAGGAUGAAACCACGACAGGGCAAUGAGCAAAAGGAAAAUUUGGUUUAGAUAUCCCUCCUGUGGAUCUGAUUGGCCAUGACCGGUCUUUGACCCCAAAAGUAAUUACCAGGUUUCCAUGUGCACGAGUGCUGCUCGGCACAACUUUUCCUGUCAGGACGGUAAAUGCCAUUAACCACAUUUUUAUGUGCGGAUGAUUAUGUGACACAUACUAAGUGUAUUUUUUUAUUAAUAUAUAUAUAUAUAUAUAUAUAUAUAUAUAUAUAUAUAUAUAUAUAUAUAUAUAUAUAUAUAUAUAAAAUACACACGUAUGUAUAUAAUAUAUAUGAUAAUCUAUAUAAUAAAAAAUAAACUAAAAAUAAACUAAAAAUAAUUUUAAAAAAUUAUAUAAAUGUAAUUUUAUUCUAACUAUUUUAAUAUUAAUAUAGGAAAGAAGAGGAGUGCACUCUGGAGACUGUAGUAGUAAAGUAGAAAUGCUUUUAUUUAGCACAAAUAAACAUAAACGUUUCAGUCCUUCUGGACUUUUCUCAAGACGAAAAGGAGGACUGAAACAUUGUUUAUUUGUGCUAAAUAAAAGCAUUUCUACUUUACUGCUACAGUCUCCAGAGUGCACUCCUCUUCUUUCCUAUACUAUGGCUGGAGUUGGCACCGGAGCAUCAUUAAAGACCGGAACUGGAGUGCUGGGAUCGUGGAAAUAUAUUUAUAUCAAAAUACACUUAGAAUGAUAUCUCUCUCUCUCUCUCUCUCUCCCCCUCUCCCCUUAACGUACCAGGUAUGUCCGAAAAAAAAACAAAACACCAGUUGUUAAGGACCGCGAACGUACCUAGUACGACCAUGGCAAAUAGGAGCCCUGAACUUACCUGGACCGGCGAUCCACGGCGAUCACAGUCGGGGUGACUGCCGGAGACCCCAGCAGUCCCCCUGCAGCAGCUCCGGUCAACCGGCCCUCCAGGGCCAUAUGAUCACAUCACUGCAAUAAGAGAUGUCAGACAGUCCCCCAGGCUGCUAAAAAGUAAAAUAAAUUAAAUAUAUUAUAUAUGUAUAAUAUUAUAAAAUAAUUAAAGCUAUUUAUAAUAUAUAUUAUACAUAUAUAAUGCAUAUAGUGGAAAAUGUAUCCAUACUUACCGUAAUUUUCUUUUCCUGGCUAUUAUUCAUGGCAGCAUAUACACAUGGGUUAGCUCCUCUCCUUACAGCCGAUAGGACAGGAUUUAAAACAAACCUUUAAAAGGCCUAGGUCCCUCAGUCAGUUACAAGCUCCCACAGAAGAAGCAAAACCAACACUGGGUGGGUAGUGUAUGCUGCCAUGAAUAAUAGCCAGGAAAAGAAAAUUACGGUAAGUAUGAAUACAUUUUCCACUUUUCUGGCUAAUCAUGGCAGCAUAUACACAUGGGGAAUACCCAAGCUUACAAAGGGAGGGACAGAAACAUACAUAACUGGCAAUCAAAUAAUCAGAACAAUUCAACAUAGAUUCUAAGAUUAACUGCGUUAAGGACGUGACGUCCAAAUUGUGCCUCAUUGAUUGCUUCAUUGUCCAAUAUGUAAUGCAGGACAAACUAGUCCAAAGAGGUCAAAAUGCCAACUUUACAAAGUUUCAGCAGAGACCAUUGCCAUGGAAGCCCACGAUGCUGCAACUGCACUAGUGGAGAGUGCCCCGAAAUCCUUUGGUACAGGUAGAGAAUGGCGUUGAAAAGCUCUCACUUUAGGCAGGAUCUAUGGUGCUAAAUGCAAGACAACCAUAACCUGUUUAAGUUCAGUGAAUGGAGGUACACAGGAUCAAGCCUGGAGUUCACACAUUCACCUUGCUGAGGUACGAGCCACAAGCAACAGCACUAUCUGUGCUAACAUCAUGGAAGCUCCUGCUAGAGGUUCGAAUGAUGGUUUAGUCAGAGCCUGUAAGACCAGUGGUAGAUCACAAAUGGAGUUCAACACCCUCAGUGAAGGCUUGCGUUUAAUUACUGCUUACAUGAAGCAAAGCACCAGAGGCUCCAAUACUUAAUGGGUAUCCUGCAGUACAAGUAGAGAGUGACAUUGCUAAGCAUUCACUUUAGGCAGGAUUCUGAUGCUAAAUGGAAGACAACUAUAUCUGGUUGAAAAUUAGUGAAUGGAGGUACAAAGGAGUUCACAUUCACACACAUUCACCUUGCCGAGGUACCAGCCACCAGCAACAGCACAUUCUGUGCUGACACCAUAGAAGCUCCUGCUAGAGGUUCGAAUGGUGGUUUAGUCAGUGCCUGUAAGACCAGAGGUAGGUCACAUAUGGACUUCAACACCCUCAGUGCAGGCUUGAAUUUAAUUGCUUCUUCCAUGAUUGCUUCUUACAUGAAGCAAAGCAUUGGGGUUCCAAUGCUUAAUGGGUCCCCAUGCAUUUGUAAAGUGCCAAUCUGUGCUCUUCUACAGUGUUAUAAUUCAGAACAUAUCAAGGUCUAGAGACACCAGCCUCAACACCAGAGCUUAAGGAUCUUGGUGUGUCAAGGGACCCUGUAAUAGGUCUGGACGUACUGGAAUAACCCUUGGAGGUACCAGAUUCUUCUUACUCAUUAUAGGAGUUUAGAGUCUUUGUGGCCUUCCACCGUCUCCUUUGAAUUUCCUUUAGGAACAUUGAAGACAGGAAAUAUAAAAAUAUGGAAAAAUAUGGAAAUAUGUACAUCAGACUGAAAUUACAAAUUUGAGUGAGCAUAUCCUGACCUUGAACAUUCUUGUCCUAAAAAUGAAAAAAUAAAAAAAAUAAAAAUCUUCUGGAUCUGGUAGUUUCGAGAAGUGGCCAUCAGAUCUACAUAGGGUAUCAGCCAAAUCCGAGCUAUCCCUCUGUGCGCCUGCCUUCUGUGUGCCUGAGGCUCCCAGUAGUAGAUCAUCCAGAUAAUGGAAUCAGGUGGUGUUCUGGACUCUCAAUAUCACUAUAAGCACACCUCAGGUUCUUGAGGCUGCAGUGAGGCCAAAUGGUAGGGCACAAAUUGGAAGUUCUCUUCUGAGAUAAUGCUGAAGAUCUAGGCCGACUGGAAUGGUAGUAAGCAUCCUUGAGAUAGAGAUAAGGAACUUGUCCUUCCAAAUAGCUGGGGAUAUGGAUCUGAUUUACUCCAUCCCGAAUGCUCUGUCAUUUAGCCUAUUGUUGGCCCUUGUUAGGUCCAGUAUAGACUUCCAUGUGCCUUUACUUUUAGCAUCAGAAGAGAGGCGCACAUUGUCCCAGGAACCACUCUUGUUAAGGGACCUAAGAAUCUUCUUGGGCCAGAAGGUUUCAUACAUACUCCUUUGGUGCUAUACCUUUGAGUCAUCUGUCUGAAUUCUCUUGUUGGUAUAAAGACUCCUGUGUCUGAAGAAAAAACUCCAGUCUAUAUCCAUCUGGACUAUAGAUACCACCCAAGUCUCUAGAAUGUGACGAGCCCAGGUAUGAGGACAGACACAAGUUCAUUGCUGAAGAGCAAAAUGACUGCUUUAUAGCUCUAUUAGAACCUUGAAAGGCAGGUUACCAACUGCCACGUGUUACCCCUGGAGUCUACCCUGCAGGGUCAGUAAUGUAUCUCAGAAAUACUGGUCACUGGAGGUUCGAAUGUCUGACCCUGAGGAGCCAGAUUCUUGGAUCUUCAGUCCUGGGGUACAAAUACCUGGCUGCCCUCAGCUGCCUUUUAAUGAAUUCAUCAAAAGCUUUCCCAACUUCUGUAGAUAAAGCCAUUUGUUCUAGAGAAUAUCCUAGUUACAUCUAAGGAAGCUUCUGUGAAGAAGUCACUAGUAACCUGAAGACUCCAGACUGCAUUUUCAAUCUUGGCUGUUAAUAGCUCUAUCCACAGUACCAUUGGAUCUUUAAACAUUCUUUUCAUGGUUCUAGAAACAGCAGUAAAAACUACAGCUGGAUGACAACAUGCAUCUGCAGGCGUAUAAAUUUGGAUAGGUCUGCGUCCACUUUUGAUCCAUAGGCUUGCGUAAAAGCCGAGUUGUCAAGCGGUAGCAUCGUCCCACCUGCCAUGUGGCUGCGCUGGUAUAGGUGAUGCUGAAGCAGCUACCUUAUGGAGACAGUCAGAGCAGAACGGGUUUUCUUACACUGCUUUCGUAUCGGAACCAAAUCAUGGUGUAGAUUCAGAAAAUACCGUGAAACUUUCCUUUGUAAGCUAUGCCAACAUGUCCUGUCAGAGCAGAACGGGUUUUCUUACACUGCUUUCGUAUCGGAACCAAAUCAUGGUGUAGAUUCAGAAAAUACCGUGAAACUUUCCUUUGUAAGCUAUGCCAACAUGUCCUGUGGCUGCACAGCUAUAGGUGAAGCUGAAGUGAUUACCUUCUGAAGACAGGCAAUGCACAACAGUCUUCCUACCACUAAAUUCCCAUGACAAUCAGAACACGGUGUAGAUUCUGACAUAGAAUGAACAAAUAAAAUAUUACAUGUGGCGAAGUAUAAAAGUACAAAAAGGCACUGUCAAAUUCUAUAACCAUAAAAACAGUCAAACAGAUUAACCUGGCUGAAACAGCACUUACUCCUGUCUGAAAAUACGUUCAAAUACUUUCCAAAUAAGUUUGGGAUGUAUACAGUAAAUUUCCCUCCAUUUUAGGUACUUACUGGCAAUUGCCCUAAUCCAAGAUGGCUGCCACAAUCUGUAUUCCCAUAAUGCAAGUCAUCGGUAUUUGGCCUUUAAGGCACAAACUGCACAUGCGCAGGCAUUUGCUGGCUAGAGACCGGGGAGAGAGCUCGGUCUGCAGCAUACAUAGCCCCUGAACACCCGGGGAACCGGGAAUAAAUCUCCGGCACCGAGGGGAGGCAUAAAGUAAAAGUGCUUGCAAGGUUAUAAAUAGGCAACAAGGUGCAAAAAACAACCAAAGUUAAAAGGCAUCUUAGUAAAAAAAAGCAUAAGGCAGUAAAGGCACAGCAGCACAUUGCACCCCAGUUUAAAGACCUCGCAGCAUAAGGCACAGCAGCACAUUGCACCCCAGUUUAAAGACCUCGCAGCAUAAGGCACAGCAGCACAUUGCACCCCAGUUUAAAGACCUCGCAGCAUAAGGCACAGCAGCACAUUGCACCCCAGUUUAAAGACCUCGCAGCAUAAGGCACAGAAACAUAGAAACAUAGAAUGUGACGGCAGAUAAGAACCAUUCGACCCAUCUAGUCUGCCCAAUUUUCUAAAUACUUUCAUUAGUCCCUAGCCUUAUAUUAUAGUUAGGAUAGCCUUAUGCCUAUCCCACGCAUGCUUAAACUCCUUUACUGUGUUAACCUCUACCACUUCAGCUGGAAGGCUAUUCCAUGCAUCCACUACCCUCUCAGUAAAGUAAUACUUCCUGAUAUUAUUUUUAAACCUUGUCCCUCUAAUUUAAGACUAUGUCCUCUUGUUGUGGUAGUUUUUCUUCUUUUAAAUAUAGUCUCCUCCUUUACUGUGUUGAUUCCCUUUUAUAUAUUUAAAUGUUUCUAUCAUAUCCCCCCUGUCUCGUCUUUCCUCCAAGCUAUACAUGUUAAGAUCCUUUAACCUUUCCUGGUAAGUUUUAUCCCGCAAUCCAUGAACCAGUUUAGUAGCCCUUCUCUGAACCCUCUCUAAGGUAUCACAGCAGCACAUUGCACCCCAGUUUAAAGACCUCGCAGCAUAAGGCACAGCAGCACAUUGCACCCCAGUUUAAAAAGCUCGCAGCAUACGGCACAGCAGCACAUUGCACCCCAGUUUAAAAAGCUCGCAGCAUAAGGCACAGCAGCACAUUGCACCCCAGUUUAAAAAGCUCGCAGCAUACGGCACAGCAGCACAUUGCACCCCAGUUUAAAAAGCUCGCAGCAUAAGGCACAGCAGCACAUUGCACCCCAGUUUAAAAAGCUCGCAGCAUAAGGCACAGCAGCACAUUGCACCCCAGUUUAAAAAGCUCGCAGCAUAAGGCACAGCAGCACAUUGCACCCCAGUUUAAAAAGCUCGCAGCAUAAGGCACAGCAGCACAUUGCACCCCAGUUUAAAAAGCUCGCAGCAUAAGGCACAGCAGCACAUUGCACCCCAGUUUAAAAAGCUCGCAGCAUAAGGCACAGCAGCACAUUGCACCCCAGUUUAAAAAGCUCGCAGCAUAAGGCACAGCAGCACAUUGCACCCCAGUUUAAAGAGCUCGCAGCAUAAGGCACAGCAGCACAUUGCACCCCAGUUUAAAAAGCUCGCAGCAUAAGGCACAGCAGCACAUUGCACCCCAGUUUAAAGAGCUCGCAGCAUAAGGCACAGCAGCACAUUGCACCCCAGUUUAAAGAGCUCGCAGCAUACGGCACAGCAGCACAUUGCACCCCAGUUUAAAAAGCUCGCAGCAUUAAGCACAGCAGCACAUUGCACCCCAGUUUAAAGAGCUCACAGCAGCACAUUUCACCCCAGUUUAAAGGAAUCAGAGUGUAAAAGUACCACAGUAUAAAGGCAUACAGGCACCAUAGCAAAAACAAAUAAAGAGAAAAAAAACCUAAAUGUAAGCUGACUAAAGGGAGCAAAAAUGCUCACAUACUAAGUGCUGUAGGACAGGAAAAAGACUGAGGGACCUAGGCAGGGAUACGCCUUAUAAAGCCUGUGCUACCGGCAGUAAGGGGAGGACCUAACCCAUGUGUAUAUGCUGCCAUGAAUAACAGCCAGGAAAUAUGAUUUCACUAUAAGCGUACUCUGAGAUAUAUACACACACAGUAUAUCAAACAAUACACUUAGAAUGAAAUCAUAUAUAUGCAUUAUAUAUGUAUGAUAUAUUAUAAAAUGCUUUAAUUAGAAUAUAUUAUACAUAUAUAGGAAAUACAAGUGUGUGUAUAUUUAUAUAUAUAUGUAUUGUGAGAGAAAAUGUGGUCUGGCAGUUGAUGGCGUAUACAUUAGGCCUGAGGUUUGAGAGGUAAAUGUCCCUGGGAGAGAUGUUGGGUUUGCAAGAUGCAUCACUGGUACUCUGCAAACCCCGGUAAGGGUCCCUGGGGCGGAGAACCUGGAGAGCAGGGUGGGCCAGUGCUCCAAUAGCACCAGCUGCUAAGUAACAGUCGGACCAGAACUUUUAUUUUACUUCAUAGUUUCACUUAUGUCUAAUUGCACCUCACCUGUAUCUGAUCAAGUAGCUAGCAGGCUUUUAAAAAGAAGGGAUCAGCAUGCUGCAGGGUGAGGGAGAAAGAGCCAGAGGAAUGGUGUGUUGCAGGUAUACUUUUUGUAAAUUGGCAAGUGGGAAAGCCACCCAAUUCCAGAUAGGGAUUUGCUGUGUAUAGUAAGUGCUCAACAGGAGCAAGGAAUUUUGUUUUGUUUAUUUUUCAUUUUUGAAACACCUGUAUAUAUAUUUCAUCUAAUAAAUCUGAAAACUGAGCUGGACGUGUCCUGGACUUUCAUUACCAUAGAAGGCUGUGGGUACAAGAUCUGUGACAAAAUCCUACCUGGAAAAGAGGUGGUGUGUUACAAUAUAUAUACAUACGUGCACACGUAUUAUAUGUGUGUGUGCAUAUAUUGGAAGGCUUGGGCUAAAGUUGUGGGAGGGGCUACGGGCCUUUAAAAAGGACUCCCCCUCCUCCCUCUUCCCUACAUUACGUGAUUGGUCCAGAUGUACUGCUGUUCGUAUCAUCACUUCCGGGUAACCAGCGUGAGAGCAGGAUCGCGGCACUGAGGUCCUCCUGAUCACCUUCGGUCUAGCUCGUCCUGCCAGUACAGAACGCCUAGCUGCUCCACAAAACGUCUUUUUCCGGAGCAAAACAGUGAGUGUACACACGGGUACAGCAGUACACCGUCUGUAUCAACACUAGGGAACCCACCGACUCUCCAGGAUCCCCGGCACCGAGGCUAAUAAGUAAUCCCCACGCAUACUAGAGACCCAUCCACAAACUCACCAGGGGUCACGGAGGUUAGUGGGAUCCCCGGUGGGAAUUGCCACAUACCGGCUUCGCCCAGCACCUUCCUAGUUGAAUGCCGCAUUCGGCACGUUUUAAUAAUGAGAGGUACAGGAUUUGGUUUCUGGCUGUCGGCCACUUGGAAACUGUGUUAGGCUCCCUCCACAAACACCUGCGGUCUAUCUCAGUCUGUUAAGAGCUAUCUCAUACACAAUCUGCCUGCCUCUUUCCGCCAGGCUGGCAGAGGGUCAAGAAUGCUCACUCUCAUAACUCUUAGCCACCACAAGACCACAUAGAGUGAUGCAUACUAAAUCCUGAGACAGGGAGAGGCACAACGGUCCAAACAUAUGGAUAUAUACAGAUAUGUGAUAUAUAUAUAUAUAUAUAUAUAUAUGUGUUAUGAAUUACUGAAUAUUUAUUAGUGAAUACAUUAUAAAGCAAGCUAAGACAUUGCUAUUGAUAAUUCCUAGAUUUUACUAUUUACAUGAUGUAAAGUCAUGAUUUUAUUAAAGACACGGAGGUGAGUAUUAUGCAUAUCUCUUUCUUUAUUACUCUCAGCAGCAAAGAUAGAGAUGAAUAAAUAACUGAAAUUGAACAAAAAACUGUAUAGUACACAAGCAACCAAUCACCUAACACAGGAAGUGACCAUAAAAGGUUUGUGACUCCCAAGAUCCCCCUCUUUCUUGCGGAGAAUGAAGACCAUUAGAUAGGAACUAAAUUCAGCUAACGUAGCCAACAGCAAAACCAACACGGAAACACGUAAUUUCAAGCUAUAAAGGGGACAGAGAAAAAAUCUGGUAAUUUCUGAACUCCAACCGUAAUGUGCAUAAUAACAUAUUGGCAACAUCAAUGCACGUAAUCCAUACUAACAUCACUGAAUAAACAUAUCAGACAUUAAUGAUAACCUGUGAUUUACCAAAAUACACCUGUCAGACAUAUAAUUAUUAUUAUGAUAUUUCUAGAGCGCCGUCAAAUUCCGCAGCGCUUUACAAUGGGUGGACGAACAGACAUGUAGUUGUAACCAGACAAGUUGGACACACAGUAACAGAGGGAUUGAGGGUCCUGCUCAAUGAGCUUACAUGUUAGAGGGAGUGGGGUAAAAUGACACAAAAAGGUAAGGAUAGUAUUAGACUAGUGACAGUUGCAGAAGAGGAAUCAGUCAGGAGCUAUUAACAGUUUAAUGAUACGCUUUUAUUAAGAAGUGGGUUUUUAAAGAUUUUUUGAAGGAGUGGAGACUGGGUGAGCAUCUAACGGAGGAGGGAAGCGAGUUCCACAGGAACGGUACAGCCCUUGAGAAAUCUUGAAGGCGAGUACGGACAGAAGAUAGACAUACGUCUUCAGCAGAUCGUAAGGGCCUAGACGGGACAUACUUGUGUAUAAGGGAGGAUAGAUAGGUGGGAGCAGCAUUAUGUAGAGAUUUGAAAGCAAGAACCAGAAUUUUAAAUUGAGCUCUAUAUUUUAUAGGAAGCCAAUGUAGGGAUUGACAGAAGGGUGAGGCAUGGGAGGUGCGUGCGGACAGGAAGAUGAGCCUCGCCGCCGCAUUCAUUAUGGACUGUAAUGGCGCUAGCUGGGAGCACGUAAGACCACUGAGAAGCGGAUUACAGUAGUCAAGGCGAGAAAGGACAGUGGAAUGGACCAACACCUUAGUCGCAUCUGGCGUUAAGUAGGGGCGGAUGCGCGCAAUGUUUUUUAGAUGGAAAUGACAGGAUUUGGCAAUAGAUUGAACAUGAGGCUUGAAGGAGAGGUCGGAGUCAAAGAGAACACCUAGGCAGCGAGCCUGCGUAGUGGAGCUGAUGGUAGCACCGUUGACUUGGAGGGAGACAGACACAGGAGUAACAACACUUAAGGGAGACCAGAAUUUCAGUUUUGGUCAAGUUUAAUUUAAGGAAGUGGGCAGCCAUCCAGUUAGAAACAGCAGAGAGGCAGUCAGAGACACUAGUCAAGAGGGACGGGGAGAGAUCAGAAGAGGACAGGUAGAUUUGCAUGUCAUCUGCAUAGAAAUGAUAUUGGAAACUAAAGGAGCUAAUGAGUUUACCAAGGGAGGCAGUAUAGAUGGAGAACAGUAGGGGACCAAGGACUGAACCGUAGGGGACACCAACAGAGAGGAGUUGGGGAGAAGAAGCAGAGCCAGAGAAAGAAAGACUGAAAGAGCGCUGGGAGAGGUAGGAGGAGCACCAGGAGGAGUAGACCGAUAUUGCGGAGGAUGAGAAGAAGCUGUUGAUGAUCAACAGUGUCAAAAGCCGCAGACAGGUCAAGGAGAAUUAGGAUAGAGUAGUGACCACGAGAUUUUGCAGCGAGUAAUAAUAAAACAUAUGAAAUCUCCAAGGAGAAUACUUACCGACCUUCAGGGCCGGACUGGCCCACCGGGAUACCGGGUAUUUUCCUGGGGCCAGACAGACAGCUGGCUGACCUGCGGGCCAUCGGGGAGCUGGCUGUUCCGGCGGCCGCAGAGAGUAACUGGCUGUUCCGGCAGCCGCAGGGGGGAGCUGUCUGUGCUGGCUCUGCCUCCCUGCCCUUGCGCGCUACAUAAUGAGACCGGGGCCGGAAUAUCCGGUCUCAUUAAGCAGCACACUGGGGAGCAGAGCCAGCACAGCCAGCUCCCCCGUGUAGCCGCCGGAACAGCCAGGAGCCAGCUCCCCCGUGUAGCCGCCGGAACAGCCAGGAGCCAGCUCCCCCAUGCGGCCGCCAGCACAACUGACCCAGCUGUCUGCCCUGCAUGCCGGUUGCCCACAGGUAGCUAUGGUGUGUGUCUGUCAUGGUGUGUGUAUGUCUGUCGGUCAUGGUGUGUGUGUCUGUCUGUCAUGGUGUAUGUCUGUCUGUCAUGGUGUGUGUCUGUCUGUCAAGGUGUGUGUGUCUCUCAUGCUGUGUGUGUGUGUGUCUAUCAAGACGUGUGUGUCUGUCAUGGUAUGUGUGUGUCUUCAAGGUGUGUGUGUGUGUGUGUGUCUGUCAUGGUGUGUUUGUGUCUGUCAUGGUGUGUGUGUGUCUGUCAUCUGUCAUGGUAUAUGUGUGUGUCUGUGUGUGUUUACUCACCUUUUUUUUUCCCCACGCCGUGCUGCAGGGCUGGCAUAGAUCUUUUCCAGGACUGCUUUGUAUCCCCAGUCCGGCCCUACCGACCUUCUACAUAUCCUACACAUGCAACCAUACCCACAACCGGGAGGGUGGGCGGGAAUAAUACUCGCCUCCGUGUCUUUAAUAAAAUCAUGACUUUAUGUCAUGACUUUACAUCAUGUAAAUAGUAAAAUCUGGGAAUUUUAUUAAAGACACGGAGGCUCCUAUUAUGCAAGUUCAAAGCUGAGCCACUAUUUGAGAUGCAAUGUGAUCAAUCGACCUGAAAUAGAAAUCACGGAAGGUCGAUUCCUGUGACCAGUCAGCAGCCUGCAGGAUAUCCUCCAAACGACAACAAACCACUGAGGCAUUAGAUGCCAUGGCCCCAUGGACCGAGUGGGGCGUAAAGAUUGAUGUGUCAAUCCCAGCCGACGUCAGUAGUUCUCGCACCCAACGUGCCAACGUAGGAUUUGAUACCGGCAGGUGGGGAGCGCAAAAGGAAAUGAACAGAAGAUACAAGUCCGGAGAACGUAACGGCCGAGUAACUUCCAGAUACGUCUUGAGACACUCCACCCAGGGCCGGAUUAAGAGCACAGUGGGCCUGGUGCUGACAAUUAUGAUGGGCCUAAUUACAAAAUCUUAUCGACCAAAAACACUAAGACAAUCAUACCUCCCAAGCGUCAUGUAUCUGAUGGAGAUGGUGCUGGAGGGAAACUCAUAGGAUGCAGCUAUAAGAAAACACAUACUCUAUGCUAAUUUCUCUCUAAUUUAUGCUUUCAUCUUUCAAGUAAAUCCAUAACCCCUAACAGCAGUGUCCAGUGAAGCAGGAAGUCAAUGGGCGGGAUAAAAGGGUGGGCCACUGGCGCGAAUCACGUGACAAGACCUGCAAAAAGGGGUGAACAUGCCCAAAAAGCGGGCAUGUUUGUCCAAAGAAUUGGAAGGUCUGCCUGCCAAUCCUGCAGGCUGUCCAACUAAGGGCAUACUAUGCAGGCAGCACCUUGAGCUUGACAUAAAUGUGUCUAAUGAUGCGCUCACUCCAUUCUUUCUAAGGACUGUCCCCUAGCACUCGCUGGUCCAAUUGUCUCCUUACCUUCUUACUAGCAGGCAGAAGUUCCUGGUAUAUAGUCUGGGACAGAGAAAAGGUGUCUGUAGUGAGUGUAGAAGAAUGGGGACAUGCCACAGUGUUAGAGAGACCAACGUCUGCAUUACCUAAACUAGCCAGUGCACACAAGUUUUGUUCCCAUACAUCCCUCUUAAGCUUCCAAACUUAAAGGGACACUAUAGUCACCAGAACAACUACAGCUUAUUGUAUUUGUUCUGGUAAGUAGAAUCAUUCCAUUCAGGCUUUUUGCAGUAAACACUGUCUUUUCAGAGAAAAUAACUCCACUGGCCGCUCCUUAGAUGGCUGCUAGAGGUGCUUCCUGGGGCAGUACUGCCUAGUGUGCAGCACUGCCAUUCAGUGUCUCCACCCUCUGCAUGCAGACACUGAACUUUCCUCAUAGAGAUGCAUUGAUUCAAUUUAUCUUUAUGAGGAGAUGCUGAUUGGCCAGGGCUAUGUUGGACUUGUGCUGGCUCUGCCCCUGAUCUGCCUAGUUGACAGUCUCAGCCAAUCCUAUGGGGAAGUAUUGUAAUUUGCUCAGCCACCACUUCUGAGCCAGCAGCUGCAUAAUUGAAUACAAGUAAUAUUUUACUAUAUUUAGGGAGGGAAGAAGGGGCCAGGGUGGUGGUUUAAACAUAAUAGGGUCAGAAAUACAUGAUUGUGUUCCUGACCCUAUAGUGCUCCUUUAAGCAAGAGUAUGUGAAGAGUAGUUAGGGUUGCCACCUUUCUUGGAAAAAAAAUACCAGCCUUAAUCAUUUGUAUAAUUAAUUAGUUAUGCGUGACAUCACAUGAUGUAAAUCACAAGGAGUGACAUCAGAGAAUAUUCUGUAAAAUCACCAACAAACUACUCACUGUUUGAUUCUGCCGUAUAGAUGGAUUGCUCCCAGUAUCUCCCUGUCUCCCAGUGUCUGUCUCUCAAGUCACCCAGUCUCUCAGUGUCCCUAUGUAUCACAGUGUCAGUGUCCCCAUGUCGCCCAGUCCCCUAGUCUCCCAGUGUCCCAAUGUCUCAGUGUGUCCCCAUGUCACUAGGAUACUGGGGACACUGAGAGACCCGGGGACACUGAGAGAAAUGGGGACACUGAGACACUAGGGACACAGACACUGGGAAACUAGGGGACACUGGGAGACUAGGGGAUACUGGGAGACUAGGGGACACUGGCUUGGAGACAGACACUUGGGGAGACAUGGGGACAGUUGUGGACAUAGACAUGGGGACACUGGGACACAUGGGGAUACUAGGUACACUGAGAGACAUGGGACACAGACACUGGGAGACUUGGGGACACUGAGACAUUAGGGACACUGGCUGGGGGACAUAGUGUCUCCGUGUCCAAAUGUCUCCCAAUGUCUCACAGCAUCCCCAUGUGUCCCCUAGUGUAUGUGUCAUCAUGUGUUCCCUAGUGUCUGUGUCCCCUAGUGUCUCAGUGUCCCCAUAUGUCACCUAGUGUCUCAGUGUCCCCUAGUGUCUGUGUCCCCAUGUGUCCCUGCUGCCUUCCCCCCUAUCCCUCACUUACCUGAGCUGUAGAGCUGCUGUCUGGACUCUGUGCUGUGUAGCUGCUCCCCCACGGAUCAGUGAGUAGUAGAGAGAGGCAGGGAUAUUCUCUAACUUCCUAUCCCUGCCUCUCUCCACACACAGUGACCCCUACUGGCCGGUUCUGGUACUGCAGAGUAAUUUCCAAUUAUUCUGAGAAAAUUACCUGCAUUUGUAUUGCCGGUAUUACUGCAAUACCGGCACGGCCAGGCAGCCUCAAAUACCGUCUGUGCCAUUAAAAUAUCAGUCAGGUGGCAGCUCCAUCAGCCCCUAUGAUAAUCCGGCCCUGUCUCCACCGGACAGAGAGCUGGAACGCUCUGGAACCUAGGAUAAACAAAAACUUUCGAAGCCAACUUCGUUCUUCUGGAGAUGUUAAAGGAGAUCCCCUCCAGGGUUAAACGUAACGGCAUUCCAAUCAAGCGCUCAGACAUCCAACACCCGCUUACAGGAGACCAAACAUAACAACCUUAGCUGACAGCUGCUUCAACGUCAAGUCUUGAUUCGGAUACCAAAACGACAAGAACUAUAAGACUACAGUGACGUCCCAAAAUGCAAAAAAUCUAGCUCUAGGUGGUCUGGCGAGACGAGUCCCCUUAAGCAGAUGACACACGAAAGGAUGUCGACCAACAGGUGACCCGUCUAGACCAUGAUGUCCAGCCGAAAUAGCUGAAUGGCACAAAUUGAUGGUGCGAUACGCCUUCCCGACUCAAACAUACCAGUAAGAAAUUCUAAAAUCAUAUGCAGAGGGGCAGAUACGGGAUCCAGAGUUCGUUCCACACACCAACCAGACCACAGAUCGAGUGCCUGGUGCCCAUGCAUUGUCGAGGAGGUUGAGAGUUGCCUGCAAAACUCCCGAGAUAGUCCAAUGUCCCCGGAAAGGAGCCAUGCCAUCAGAUGAAGAAGGCCUUGAUCCACUAAAUCGUGGGUAGUCUAUUGCCAGUUUCAGCAACCGAGGGAACCAGGGGCGCGAUCGCCACAGAGGAGUAAUCAACACCAUCCAUGGGCAUCCGCAGGAAUUUUUCCAGGGGGUGGGCACAGUGGUGUAUCCUGGUUUUGUGCUGCCCUAGGCAGGACAAAACUCAGGCGCCCCACUCCCCCCGUGCCACCCCCACCCAACCUUUCCCCCCGCCCCACCUUCUAAAUACACACACACACACAGUCAGACACAAACACACACACAGUCAGACACACACACAGACACAGACACAAACACAGUCAGAAACAAACACACACACACACACACACAGUCAGACACAUACACAGACACAAACACACACACAGUCACACACACACAGACACACACACAUACACAGUCAGACACACACACUCAUAAACACACACACACAGACACAAACACACACACAGUCAGACACAUACACAGACACAAACACACACACAGUCACACACACACACACACACAGACAGACACACACACACAGACACACAGUCAGACACAUACACAGACACAAACACACACACAGUCACACACACACAGACACACACACACACACACACACAUACACAAACACAGUCAGACACAAACACACACAUUAACUUUUUUUUUAAUUUAAAUCCCCCCCCCAACCUCCUUACCUUUGGGAGUGCUGGGGGGGGGGUUCCCUCUCUUCCUGGUGGUCCGGUGGCUGCAGGUCAGGCGGGCGGCUGGCGAGGGAGCACUUCCUAUGAGCUGACUGCUCAGCUCCCUCGCGUGCCGGCUGGAGAGUGAAGCUGGGAGACGGAAUAUGACGCCAUAUUCCGGCUCCCAGCCUCACUCUGCGGCGCGCGAGGGAGCUGAGCAGUCAGCUCAGAGGAAGUGCUCCCUCGCCAGCCGCACGCCUGCCAGCGCCGCCCGCCCGCCCGGGAUGUCAGUUAGCCGCAAGGCUAACUAGGCAUCUGCCCUGGGCAUUUGGGGGGCGGCGUUUUUUGCCGCCCCCUGAAAAAUGCCGCCCAAGGCAAAUGCCUUGUUUGCCUCGCGGCUAAUACGCCCCUGGGUGGGCAUAAUUGUAAUGACAUCCAUGCUUGGUCCCUUUUUGAUAGUGUCAUGAAGGGGAGGAGCAUAGUCAUUAUCACAUAAAGCCAGGCUGAAUAGUGUUUCCACAACUAUGGUGUCAGGAAUACAUGUUUGUAUUCCUGACACUAUAGUGUUCCUUUAAGCAAAUUAAAGAAACAUUCUGGUCACCAUAACAACUUCAUCUAAAUGAAAAUGCUAUUAUGCCAGGAAGCCCUUGGGUGCUCUCUUUUCUUUUAUGGGUUAAACCGCUCUCAAAUAGUUUAACCCCAAAGGCUUCUUCCAGCUCCAGAUUUCUAGGUCGCUCAGUGGUAUUUGGCUUCUGAAAUGGAGUGUCAGGAAGUGCAGAUUGACGUCAGGCAUGGGUGCUACAGAUUGGCUGAGUGGUCAGUUGACGCUCUAAGUCAAUCACUAGUUCCGGUUCAUAAAAAUGUUUUACUUUUUUAUGAGUGGGGAGCUACUGAUUGCCUUAGAGUGCCAGCUGACCGCUCUAGCCAAUCAGCGGCACUCUGUGCUUCCUGACACUCAGUAAAUAAAAGUGAACACAUUAACACUGAUAUUUUUUUUUACCUGGGGAUAUGAGAAGGUCCAUAGUUUUCCUGCCAGACCCAGGUAUCAAAGCCUUAUGAUGUGGUGUCCAGAAUAAAGUGGAGGGUUCACUUCACUUGUCCUUCCUGCUCCAAUCUCCUUUUCUACUCCUUCAUUUGACACAGUCUUCUUUUUCUUCUGACACUGUCUUCUCUCCUCCUUGGCUCCUUCUGCUCCUUUACCUUUCUGCUUAUUGUGCUCCCCCUUCUGCUCUUUCUGAUCCCUUGCAGACCCUUCCUGCUCAUUUCUGUUCCUUCUCCUACUUCACCUUUGUGCUCUUUCUGUCCCUUCUUGCUCCUUGCUGCCAUUUUCAGCUCCUUGCUGACCCUUUCUGCUCCUUCUACUUUACCUUUGUGCUGCUUUACCUUCCAGCUCCUUCAGACCCUUCCUGAUCCUUCCUUCUCCUUUCUGCUCCUUCUCUUACUUUACCUUCCUGGUCCUUGCUGACCCUUCCUAUAGGCAAUCUCUGCCCCCUCCAUAUGCCUCACUUCCCUGAUCUGUAGGCUAUCUCUGCCCCCCCCCCACUUACCUGAUCUGUAGGCUAUCUCUCCCCCCCCACUUACCUGAUCUGUAGGCUCUCUCUCCCCCCAUCCCUCACUUACCUGAUCUGUAGGCUGUUUCUGCUGGCUGCAUGUGCUGCUCCCCUGCAGAGUCAGAGAGAAGCAGGGAUAAGAUGCAGCUUCCUAUCACUGUCUCUCUCCAUAUACAGUGCUACCUACUGGCCAGCGCCAGUAUUGCAGUGUAUUUUCAAUCUCACAUGAAAAUUAGCAAGCUGAAAAAUCCAGGGGGGGGGGCAAGUGACCCCCUUCGCCCCCCUGUGGACGCCCAUGACAUCAUCGUACAAUCAUGGCGGGUCAAUUUCAAGAGUAUGCGAGCUAUCAAGUUGAACGGGGGAAAAGCAUACAUCCGAGCCUCCGGCCAAUGCCAAAUGAACGCGUUCGGUGCCAUAGCCGCGGGAUCCGGUCUCCAACUGUAGAACUUCGGCAACUGGGCGUUGAGUCAGGAUGCAAACAGAUCCACCUCGAGUGGGCCCCACAAUCAUUCCAAUCCCAGGAACGCCGAAGUGUGUAAGCCCCAGUCUCCAAAGUCUCUCAAAUAAUGCAAGUUCCAAUCAGCUGUCAAGUUGUCCAGGCCUGGAAUGUGUUCUGCUGUCACUGAGACGUUGUUGUGGAGACAGAACUGCCAGAAGUCCUUUGCCAUAAGUGCCAACAUGCGCGACUUUGUGCCUCCUAGGUGGUUGAUGUAACGCACCGCGGACACAUUGUCCAUCUUGAGCAUCACCCAGCAGUUCGCGCGACCGGGGGUAAGGCUGCAAAUCACAAAAGCCCCUGCUAACAGUUCCAGACAGUUGAUGUGCAACGUCUUUUCUCAAAGUCCGACCAUCUGCCUCCGGUGGAAACAACGCGCACCCCAGCCGUGUAAGCUGGCGUCCGAUUCGAUCACCGCGUCUGGGGUUGAUCCAAAGAUGGCUGUGCCAUUCCAGGCUUCCAUGUGAGCCAGCCAACAGAUUAGUUAGACUCUGGACUCGUCGUCCAACUUCAGCUUUGCCUCGUACGAGUGACCGGAACGAAGGUAAGAAACUUUGAGCCGUUGAAGGGCCCGAUAAUGAAGCAGCCCUGGAAAUAUUGCUUGGAUCGAAGCCGCGAGUAGGCCAAUCACCCUCGCUAAGUGUCUGAUUGACAGGUCUUCCGCUCGCACAGUCCACCUGAUUUCCUUCUUGAUGGCCUUCAUUUUGGUUUCUGGGAGAAACAGGAACUGUCUGAUAGAGUCCACUGUAAAACCCAAGAAUUCCACUGAUUGAGUUGGGGUCAGUUUUCCCAAUUUUUUUUUCUGACUUUUCCCAAUUUAUCAGGAAGCACAGGUUCAGAAGCAAUGUAAUCGUCCAGCCGACACGCAACCGUAGUUGAUCUCUUGACUGAGCCAUAAGCAAGAUGUCGUUUAAAUAUAUAAUCAGACAAACACCCCUGGUCUGGAAGAACAAUACCACCAAUGUCAUGACUUUGGCAAAACACCAUGGAGCCGAUGUGAGAGCCCGAAUGGUAGACAUGUAAACCUCCACCGUUUCCCUCGCCAGGUGAUUUGGAGAAAAUCUCUGUGUUCCUCGGCUAUAGGAACCGUGAAAUAAGCGUCCUUCAAAUCCAGCUUGGCCAGCUAGUCAGACAUCUGGAGGAGAUCCCGAAGACAAUGGAUACCUUCCAUCUGGAAAUGGGACUGAAGAAAAGCAUUGAGAGAUCGUAGGUUGAUAAUGGGGCGCACCCCGCCCCCUUUUUUUGGUACCAAGAAAAGGUUGCUCGUGAAACCCGGAUAGUUGUACGGCAACUCUUGGAUCGCCCCUUUGGCGAGUAGCUCCCAGAUCUCCGUGGAGAUCAACGAUUCCUGUUCCCCUGACAGGCACAGUUCCCUGGGGACAAAAUGUUGGAGAGGCAUGGACAGAAACUCUAGCCGGUAACCCCGCACAGCUUGGAGAACCCAAGCGUCUGCUGUCAAGGCAGCCCAUCCGUUGUAAAACUGGGCCAACCUGCCCGCCACCCACUCGUGAACAUGAGGGGGAAAAAAGGGGUACUCAUCAUAAGGGCGUCUGCCCGACAUGGCACCUCAAGGGUAGCGGGAGUUCCAAAACCUUUGGGGAAAAGACCGGCUUCAUGUUUGCUUGGGCCUUAUCGAUCGUUGUGAAUGUUUCCACAUAGGACCCCAGAUCCUUUAGAAAGUUGUCUCCGAACAACAUCCUCCGGGUUCCGAGAUGGCCAUACUCGCCAACUUGGGGUAAAUUUUUAAGAGAAUCGCCUUCCGGCGUUCCGCCGACAUGGCCAUAUUUGCAUUGCCUAGAAGGCAGAUUGCCCGUUUCACCCAGCCAAUUGCCACAUCCAAAUCUACUUCAGAUUCUCCUGCCUUAGCGGAAUCCAGUACCUCAUACACUUUGGACAAGGGCCCCAGAGUAUCCAUGAUUUUAUCUUGGCAACUUUUUAAGGAGAAAUCCAGACCCUUUUUAGUCUUCCAGCCUGAUUUAUUGAGGAAUUGAGCAAUCUGAGGGUCUACCUCCCUGGUCUUACAGGCAGAGCCUGGCACUGAAUGCCUAGGGCACUCCACCUAGAGAGGGGAGUGCGAAUACAAUGCGCUAUGUAUUGGGAAAUAUACCCAGGGGUUCCCACUCAGUAGUCCGGGGGUGACACAGGUCAUCCGGAUCGAACAGGGGGUUACCCUGAGGAUCCAGAAGAGACGUAUCACUACCAGCCGUCUGAGCGACAGCACCCUGAAUGGGAGUAGCAUCCCCAGUAAGGGUCACCACAGCAGGGGGAGCUUCCUCCUCCGAGCCAGCCUCAUCAUAGGAGGCUCAGAGUCCUCCUCCUCACUCUGGUCAGUGACCGAUCCCUCCUCACAGGAUCUAGCCCAUUUCCACAAUCUGGACGUUUUUGCCCGACCAUGGGCUCUUUUGUGCGGUGGGAGCGCGCCAUCUUUGACCGCCUCAAGUGAGUCCAUCAUGGCAGGCAAAACCUGCAUCAAGGAGUGGGAGGUGAAGUGUUUAGCCAUCGCCGUAGCCUUACGGGCCUUAGGUGUGGCUGGGGCAGAAGGGGGGCCCCAUACCCAGUAGGGCAGGGGCAGCCACAGGGGGCAAUAAAAGAGCCUGCGCCAGAGUUGGGAAAGCGAUGAUGACACCACUCCCAUAGUAGAGGCAAAGGCCCUUUGGAUAGAACACAUCAUAGUGGAGUCUAGCAAGGCUGAAAACUCAUUAGAGGCCACAUGUCCCUCAGAUUGUCCCUGAGGGAAAUCACUAAGCUGGCCCCCAGGCCCAUCACCCUUAGCCUGCAUGUUAAGGGCUGACAGGGAGAAACACUAAAUAACUACUUCCUGCAAGAGAAGAGAGAGGGAGAGUAAAAAGCAGAAAAAAGGAUAGGGUUUAAUAACCCACAUAGAGAGAAAAGAAGCAACAAUAACUGCACAUGAAUAAUACACAGUACCUGACAGCUGGUGUGCCCAGGGGACCCAGAGGCUGACAGGACCGAGGACCGGGUGAGUGCAGAAAGGAGCCCAUUCGAAAUCGCGGCAAGUAGCUGAUUAAAAUGGCCGCCGCACGAGGCAGAGUGUGAGCACUCCGCGGUUAGCACACAGCAGGGGGAAGGAUGCGUGCACAGUACCCACGCGGUCCGCCCUGCACACACGAGGGAGCCGCCGUUGAUGGCUCGCAAGCGAUGGCUCGCAAGUGUGAUCCCGACACCAAAGCACGGAUACUAUACUCACGUCCCACAGAGGGGGGGAACAGUGUGGUUGAACGGUGGGAAACCGCUUGGUCAGGAGAAGGGGGAAUCCAGCAAGGACACACCACUAGGUACACAACAGUUAAGGGCACAGUUAAAUAAAGCCCAAAUCAAAUAGUACAAUAAAAUAAAGCAAUUAAUUCAACAUUAAUAAGAGCUCAAUAAAAGGAGUACUUAGCUGGUCUGAGAGCAGCAAAGAAAGAUGGGGAUCUUGGGAGUCACAAGCCUUUUAUAGUCACUUCCUGUGUUAGGUGAUUGGUUGCUUGUGCACUAUAAAAUUUUUUGUUCAAUUUCAGUUAUUUAUAUUCAUCUCUAUCUUUGCUGCUGAGAGUAAUAAAGAAAGAGAUAUGCAUAAUAGGAGCCUCCGUGUCUUUAUUAAAAUUGUGGGUGUUAUGUAUGUGUUUCUGUUUUAUAACACCUCCUUAUUAGUUUUAAACUCCUAGAUUAGGGAUUAGGAAUAUCUCGGUGGUCCUGAAGGCUAGAGAACCGGGACUCAGUAAGAAACUGUCAAUUCCAGAGUUUUUUCAUUUCUUUUUCGAUUUACAGGGAUGCGUUAUGUUCAGUUCACCCACAUAGAAGGGAGGAGCUGGACCUCUAUAUGCACAAGCUGGUGGAUCUUGGCAACAAAUAAGGUGGUACAUAUUUUUAUGACUACCACCGGUCAUUUGCAGUGAAGGCAUUGGCAGCUCUGUCCCAGUACAAUGUCAAGACACAAAGUCAGUAGAGGCAUUACUACAAAUAGAACGGGAGCAAGGGUUUGUUUUAGGGCCAUUCAAAGAGCCUCCUUUCUCUAGCUGGAGGACUAACCCUAUUGGCUUGGUCACAGGGAAAAACACGACCAAGCAGAGAUUGAUCAUAGAUCUAUCGGCAUCACAUUCCUCUGUAGUCCCUAACCUUAACUCCCUGAUCCCCUCUGAUGAAUUCUUACUGCAAUACUCUACGAUGGACAAUGCAGUGACAGCUAUCAUAUCAGCUGGCAUAGGGGCUUGGCUUAGCAAGACUGACAUCGUAAAUGCAUUUAAGUUACUGCCCAUUCAUCCAUUGUUAUGGCACCUGCAUUGCAUUAAAUGGAGGGGUCUCUACUAUUUUUUUUACGAGGCUCGCAUUCGGCUCAAAAAGUAGUCCAAACAUUUUUGACACUUUUGCGGAAACCUUGUGUUUGCUUCUCCUGAAUACAAGCCGGUGCCAUAACGUUAUCCAUUAUCUGGAUGAUUUUCUGUUCAUUGAAAGUAAUGUGCAGUCUAGACAAGGCAGUAAAGUUAUUCCACUCACUAGGGGAACCAGUGUCACCUAAAAAGACUUUAUAAUCAAUUUUCUAGGGAUACAGCUUGAUUCGGUGGCCAUGGAAGCCAGCCUACCUCAGGGGAAAAUUAACAGUAUCCGAUACGACACAGACUACUACAUACAGACGGGCUCAUGUCAUAGGAAAGAACUGCAAUCACUGCUUGGCUCACUAAACUUCAUAAAAGUGAAAUUUUUGUGUAAAAAGAAAAAUGCAAAAAACAAAUAUGAACGCUAAAUUUGGCAAGCGUUUCUAGAUAAGUGGCUACUACAAAAGACUGGACAUACCCCAUUUUGAAUAGUGUGGGUUGUCUACUUUUACAAAUGGUAUGCCAUGAUGGGUUUAAUUUUCAUUCCUGGGCUGCUAUAUGGUCUCAAAGGCAACAUAGGCCCAGCAAACCAAUCUGGCAAAUUUCAAUGUGCAAAGAUGGAAAAGGGGAAAGCCCUACAUUUGACCCCUGUAAGUUUGCAACACCCCAUAAAACCUGUACAUUGGGGGCACUGUUGUACUUGGGAGAUGUUGCUGAACACAUAUUGGGGUGUUCUUUGUCAGCAACAGAUAACAGGAACUGAGAAUCCAUGCCUAAAGUACAAUGUGGGAGAAAAAUAACACAAAAAUAAAAAAGACUACCCAAAAGUUUGACAAAGACUGGUGGUAGAAUUAGUGCAUGGAAUACCACGAUUUGAAAUACACUAGGGUGUCUACUUUUCAAAAAUAUAUGGUUUGAUGGGGAUAAAUAACAUUGGCUGGCUGGUAUCAACAGAAAACACUAAAACAGUCAUACCUCCCAAUUGUCAUAUAUCUGAUGGUGCUGGAGGUAAAAAUAUAUACUCUGUCUUCAAGUAAAUUCAUACCCACUAAAAGCAGUGUCUGGUGAAGCAGGAUUUCGGUGGGCAGGGUUAAAGGGUGUGCAACCGACGCGAAUCACGUAACCAGAACCGCCCCCAAAAAAUCUACCCGAGGAAUUAGAUGGUCAGUCUGGCGUGAAUGCAUGUCAGGCUGCCUGCCAAUCAUGCAGGCUGGCCAACUGAGGAAAUACUAUGCAGACAGCAUCCUGAGCUUGGCAAAAAUGCGUCCAAUGAUGCACUUUGUGGGGAUAUUUAUGGGAUAAUAAUAGUAAACAGUUGAGAAUUGCCCACUAAUUCAAUUCUCAGAUCCCAAAGAACGUUUAUCGUAAGUGAAAGUAUUUCAUAUAAAUAAUAGUCACAUAUUUUAUUAUAAAAAUAGAUUUUAUUUUUAAUAACAAAUUAAUAAUAAUAAUAUGUAACAUGCGUGACAAUAAUCAAUGAAUAUCCAGUAUAAAAUGGUAUGCAAUACAAAGGAAUGGCUAUAUACGUUUCAAUGGCUUAAAUAGCAUUAUCUGUCAAGUGUUAUACGAUUUAUGACUAUGCUUACACAGACAUAGUGAAACUUUUCACAGCGAAGAACAGAAUUCCUCAGAGUGCAGCGUAAGGUCGUAAAGUUUAGCCGACAGUUAGAAUAACCCUUUCAAUGCUGGCUAGAUCUCCUAGGUAGUUAAGAUCUAUUCUGAUGUAAUUUUUAAAUAAAAUAACAUUUAAACCAGUUCAUUAGUCAUUUCCUGGAACCAUCCAAUAAGAGAAUCUACCAUAUUAUAUAAGCAGAUUUUAAUUUGUCUAAAAGAUAUCUUAUCUUAAUUUAGAGCAAAUCAAUACAUCUGGAUAAAAACAACGGUAUGCUAACACGUGAUAAUAUCACAUCAAUAUAUAAUUAUUCUUAAUUCCACCUGCAGAAUGGAAUGUUUAUAACUAUAUAUUCUUUGUUAACUAAGAUGUCUUAAUAUGGAAAUCUGACCGUGCUUUAUCCUAGUCAUAUAUCAUGCUAUUAAUACAUUUUAAUUAAUUUAAUUAAAUGAAACCAGUAUAAUUACCAGUUGAGUAGAUAUUUCAUCCGAUUGGUAGUCUCAGGAACUUAUUUGGAUGUCUCUCUGCAUGGAGGUUGGAGUCCCCAACUUCCAAUUCCUCUCUCCUCUUUUUCUUUGCAUAUCUCUUGCAUCUGCCUGCAUACCCUGCCUUCCCUUUGUCUUAACUUUUAAAGGGCCAGAUUCUCUGUACGUCACCAGUUGAUAACCCAAUAGAAGCAUUAGAGGUGUGGUUAUCUUCCAGAUCGCAAUUUAGGUAUUUAGUCUAUAGAGGGCAGUCUUGUCCCACUAAACAUACCUAUCCAGGAAAGAGUUAACUUUUCCUGGUGGCUAUUUUGACGUCAUGUUGCGUUAUCUUUAUAGUGCCAUAACUUAAAAUUUCAAAGGGUUUCUUAAAUUUUGUCCAGACUUAGUGUCUGCAAUUCCUGCCAUAAUUUCUGAUAUGACAGAUCAUGAACUAAGUUUACCCUUUUCCAUACAAUGGUACCUUAUAUAUAUAGACAGUUAAAUAUUAAAUUAUUUAAUCUUCUCUGUCACAAUUGUCUGGGUUUAGAAUUGAUUAUAUUCUUCUUAUCACUUGUUUAUACUAUGCUAUGCAUUCCUUAGCUCUGGCAAAAAUGGCUAGUUUUACAGAUAGAAAUGUUGUGUCUUUUUGUUAACUUGAAAUAACAAAAUGGAGUCUGGUCUGUUCAGAGUGACUCAGAAUAUACACUUUUAGUUUCUAUCAUAGCACAAGAUGUCUGCCGAUAUAAAUACUCUGACAACUUGCACCACGCUUUAUAGGGACUGUGCCCUAACACUCAUUUGUCCACUCCUCUCCAGAAGCUCCUGUUAUACAGUAUAAAUAUAUACAUGUGAAGGGUUAUUCAUGGAUUCCUGACAGAUAUCAGUGUUACAAUGUAACUUGCAUUAAUUUUGAAAAAAAUGGUUUGGAAAUAGCAAGGUGCUACUUGUACUUAUAGCCCUAUAACUUAAAAAAAAAAGAAGCUAAUAACAUAUUAACAUUGGGUAUUUCUAACUCAGGACAAAAUUUAGAAACUAUUUAGCAUGGGUGUUUUUUGGCGGUUGUAGAUGCGUAAAAGAUUUUGGGGUCAAAGUUAGAAAAGGUGUGUUUUUUUACAUUUUUUUCAUCAUAUGUUAUCAUUUUUUUAUAGUAAAUUAUAUGAUAUGAUGAAAAUAAUGGUAUCUUUAGAAAGACCAUUUAAUGGCGAGAAAAAAUGUAUAUAAUAUGUGUGGGCACAGUAAAUGAGUAAGAGGAAAAUUACAGCUAAACACAAACACAGCAGAAAUGUAAAAACAGCCCUGGUCCCAAACGGUAAGAAAAUGUAAAAAUGGUCUGCUGGGGGUUAAACAAACAAGUUUAAUACAAUCUUACUUGUUUUAUGGUGUUGUCUAUGUUUGCUGCUUUUUUUUUUUUUUCAUUUUAAGAUAUUAAAGGGACACUAUAGUCACCUGAACAACUUUAGCUUACUGAAGCAGUUUUGGUGUAUAAAACAUGCCCCUGCAGCAUCACUGCUCAAUCCUCUGACAUUUAGGAGUUAAAUCCCUUUGUUGACUUGCACAGCCUUCCAUAAACCCUUCCUGUAAAGAGAGCCCUAUUUAGGCUUUCUUUAUUGCAAGUUCUGUUUAAUUAAGAUUUUCUUAUCCCCUGCUAUGUUAAUAGCUUGCUAGACCCUGCAAGAGCCUCCUGUAUGUGAUUAAAGUUUAAUUUAGAGAUUGAGAUACAAUUAUUUAAAGGACCACUCUAGGCACCCAGACCACUUCAGCUUAAUGAAGUGGUCUGGGUGCCAGGUCCAGCUAGGGUUAACCCAUUUUUUCAUAAACAUAGCAGUUUCAGAGAAACUGCUAUGUUUAUGAAUGGGUUAAGCCUUCCCCUAAUCCUCUAGUGGCUGUCUCAUUGACAGCCACUAGAGGCGCUUGCGUGCUUCUCACUGUGAUUUUCACAGUGAGAGCACGCAAGCCUAUAGGACAGCUCUUGCCGCGCGUGCGCAUUCAGCCCAGGAGGAGGAUCGGAGGAGGAGAGCUCCCCGCCCAGCGCUGGAAAAAGGUAAGUUUAACCCCCUUUCCAGAGCCGGGCGGGAGGGGGUCCCUGAGGGGGGGGCACCCUCAGGGCACUAUAGUGCCAGGAAAACGAGUAUGUUUUCCUGGCACUAUAGUGGUCCUUUAAGGUAAAUUACAUCUGUUUGAAAGUGAAACCAGUUUUUUUUUCAUGCAGGCUCUGUCAAUCAUAGCCAGGGGAGGUGUGGCUAGGGCUGCAUAAACAGAAACAAAGUGAUUUAACUCUGGAGAGGGUACAUAAGGAGGACCUCCCAGGUGGCAGGCCUCUUACUCCUCUCCACUCCCACCACACGCGGGCUGCGAUACCGGAGGUUAUUUUCCUGCGGCCCGGUGAUGGUGAAGGUAGGCGGUGAUGAGAGAGGGGGAAGGCCCAGGCGAUGGGUGCCGUGCAGUGGUGUGAGGCCAACGAGCUGCGAGACACAACACGUGGGGCCGCCAGAGACAUACUCCGUGGCCCCGGCAUGCAGGACAUUGGAGGAGGCGGCUAAAUGGCCAUCUCCCGCAACGUCCGCGCAAAGAAGCCCACAGACGGGUAAAACUGAGAGGAGAAGAGAGAGAGCCUGGCAGCUAAGGUAUAAGAGAAAUAUCAGAGAAGGAAAGGCAUAUAGGCAUAAAAUACACAGGAUAUCUAACCAAACUAUGCACCAUAUAUACACAUAUAUAUCCAUUAAAUCCCACAGCCACCCACUAAGAGCAGGAGGCAGUGGUACUCUGACCUGUGCUUGAUGUGGAGCAGCAAAGAAGGAGGAAGUAGUUGGUUGGGAGGGGACCUUUAUUGUUUCUUACUUUUUUAUGAUUGGUUGUUUUUCUCUAUGUUAAUGUGCAUCUGUGGAGUUCUAGUAAAGAGAGACUUAAGCAAAUAUGAAGCCUCCUGUCAUGUUAUAAAAUUGUGAUAACUAACAAACAUUCCACAAUAUAAAUGUUUCUGAAUAAACUUUGUCACUUUAACAAAAAAGUGCCUCAUAGCCCAAUCGUUGGCUGUUUCCAGGUAUCUCUACGUGUUAUUACGGCUUACACAGGAGUUGUUUGUUUAUUGACCCACCAUACCCGGUGUUUCUGCAGGUGUGACCCAGGCUGGGACGGGAAGUUUUGUGAAAACUGUGUGAGAAUGCCAGGCUGCGUUCAUGGGUCAUGUCAUCAGCCCUGGCAGUGCAUGUGCCACCCUGGUUGGGCCGGAAAGUUUUGCGACAAAGGUUUGUAUUCGUGUUAGCGUCACAUUAUUAAUUGUUAUGGUAACAGAGCCAUUUGUAACAGUAGCCCAUCUUAGUGCUAGCGGACUGCUUUAUCCUCUUUAACUUUCACAUUUAUAUUGAUACAGUGUAUUAUCCUUCUGUGUACAUUGUACUAUAGUAAUGUAUUUUAUGUCCCUUCCUAUGUCAAUAUAUAGGUACUGUGUACGCUCCCUACAGUGUAUAUCGGGAUUUGUAUACUCCCUGACCUGUGGAAACAUUAAUGCUAUGUACCACUUUCAUGUAUUUUUUUAUGUUUAACCAAAGACUGGCGUGGGUAUGUUAGCUUGGGGCAGGAGCAAAGGCAAGGUGAGGGAGCCGUUCGCGCCGAGUGUGGGAGCCAUUCAUGCCGGGUGUGGGGUUGAGGGAGCCAUUCGCACCUGGUGUGGGGUUGAGGGAGCCAUUCAUGCCGGGUGUGGGGUUGAGGAAGCCAUUUGCGCUGGGUGUGGGAGCCAUUCACGCCGGGUGUGGGGUUGAGAGAGCCAUUCGCACCAGGUGUGGGAUUGAGGGUGCCAUUCACGCCGGGUGUAAGGUGAGGGAGCCAUUCGUGCCAGUUGUGGGAGCCCUCGUGCCGGGUAUGGGGUGAGGGAGCCAUUUGCGCCGGGUGUGGGGUUGAGGGAGCCAUUUGCGCCGGGUGUAGGAGCCCUCGUGCCGGGUGUGGGGUGAGGGAGCCAUUCGCGCCAGGUGUGGGUUUGAGGGAGCCAUUCGCGCCGGGUGUGGGUUUGAGGGAGCCAUUCGUGCCGGGUGUGGGAGCCCUCGUGCAGGGUGUGGGGUUGAGGGAGCCAUUCGCGCCAGGUGUGGGAGCCCGCAUGCUGGGUGUGGGGUUGAGGGAGCCAUUGGUGUGGGGUGAGGGAGCCAAUCGUGCCGGAUGUGUGUGCACAAGGAAGCUACUCAGGCCGGGAGGGUUAGCUUGGGGCAGGAGCAAAGGCAAGGUGAGGGAGCAAUUCGCACCGGGUGUGGGGUUGAGGGAGCUAUUCACGCCGGGUGUAAGGUGAGGGAGCCAUUCGUGCCGGGUGUCGGGUAAGGGAGCCAUUUGAGCAGGGUGUGCGGUUGAGGGAGCCAUUCACACCGGGUUUGGGGUUGAGGGAGCCAUUUGCACCGGGUGUGGGAGCCCUCAUGCUGGGUGUGCGGUUGAGGGAGCCAUUCACACCGGGUGUGGGGUUGAGGGAGCCAUUCGCGUCGGGUGUGGGGUUGAGGGAGCCAUUCGCGCCGGGUGUGGGGUUGAGGGAGCCAUUCGCGCCCGGUGUGGGGUGAGGGAGCCAUUCGUGCCGGAUGUGGGUGCUAACUGCUCAGUGUGUGCAUGAGGAAGCUACUCAGGCAGGGGGGAUGUUGGUGAGGGAACAGUGAAGUACCGGAUGGAAAGAAGAGUUAUCAUACUCCUGUAUUGACCUUCAGAUUCAGAAUAUCAUCUCUCCUGUGUCUUUUUCAGUUUCAUUACAAAAUAAAAAAAACACAUAAGGUUAAUCACUAAAAUGUGAAUUGGUGGACAUUUUAGGUUAGAAAAAUGAAACUGAAAACAUGUCCGACUUAGAGAAUUUUACCAGCUUGUGAAUUUCACUUUGGACACUUUAAUGAAAACCUUGAUAGAUACGUUUGUAAUUCACAUUGUACGGCUGAUAAUGUUUAAACCUGACAUAUUCUUGCUUCCUCAGAUAUUUAUAUCUGUGAACACUCCCAUCCAUGCCAAAAUGAGGCUGAGUGUUUGAUUGAGGCCGAUGGUGACUACUCCUGUCUCUGCCAAGAGCCCUUCCAUGGCAAGAACUGUGAACUCAAGAGGGGACCAUGUGAAAUAGCCGAGUAAGUGUUCCCAGGGACUGCUCAUGGGGCAGUGGUUGGGAUAAGAGGAGAUGGCAGACCUUCAUUUUCAUCAUCUACUGCGGUGAUUACUGACCUUAUCACCCCAGACAUCUCUAAACUACAUUUCCCAUGAUGCUCCAGUUUUUAAGACUGCCAUCUCUGAGAUCUCUCUAUUUUAGAGGAUACAAGACUCAGCCAAGUCAUUACCUCGUUAUAUAUUUAUAGGGGCAAAAAAAGAGAGAACAAUCACCAAAAAACUAAAAUCACAAUACCAUAACCAUUAGCACCAUCUUGUGGCUCACUAGUAAACUAGAUCUGUGAGUGGCAUCAUGUUUUUUACUGUAACUUAGAUCCCUUCGAGCCAACUUGUAUCUAAGAACCAUUAUAGGCAUAUCUAAUCUAGAUGCAAUGGCUCCAUUGUGUAUCUGUACCGUAACCAGGGUCGACUAAUGGAAUUGUUUGAUUGAACUUUAACCUAGAUCUGUGAGUUCCAUCUUGUGUCCAUUAAUGGUCUGCAAUGUAAUUCUACUCAAACUGUCCCAGGUUUAAUCUUAACAGCUGCACAAUAUAUGUUAACACUGUGUGCAAGCUAACAGUAUGAGAUGCUUAAUUGCCUCCAGAAAUUCACUUUUAUUGAUGGAUAUAUGAUAAAAGUUGAAAAAAACAAACAUUUGGCCUAGUGUUGGAGUUAACUUUAUCCCAAUAAUAAUAAAAUUCAAGAAUUUUAAGAAUUAAUUUAGAAUCUGUAUAAGGUAAUUUUAAAUUCUUAAACAGAUUCAAACACAGCCCUAAUACUCUUAAAUCUAAAUGCCGAACCUAGAACUCUACAUCUAUUCAUAUAUAUACAAUUUAAACUUGGCUUCUAAAUCUUAAUGUUUAAAAUGUGGCAUGGUUACUGCUCAACAACGUUAACAUGAAAAUUGGGGUUAGCGAUGAAGCAAUGAUAAUGCAAAAUGUGAAAAUGUUGUCAAUUAUUCAGAAAAGAUUGACACAUGUCUCAAUACCAAGUGCUUGUAUCUGAUAAGGCAAAAGUAUCAUGGUCCUGGUCAUGGUUGUGCAGAGAUAGGUAGAACAUGAAAUAUUUAAUGUGUUGAUAAAAGUCUCAGAAAUCAUAGUUCAAAAUAGCUUUAGAGCUGAACUAUUUUGAAGACCAGGGUGUAAACUGCAUGGGGGACUUCGAUCAGUUUCUGGGUUCCUGGACAGAACUAUACUCAAUGGAUUUUUUUUCAUGCUUCCACCCUGCAGAUUUCCAUGUUUAAAUGGUGGAACAUGCCAAGAUGAGCGUGGAUAUGCAGAUACAUUUGUGUGCCGCUGCCUUGCUGGAUAUGUCGGCAGACUGUGUGAAGUAGACGUUGAUGAUUGCCUGAUGCGUCCUUGUGCCAAUGGGGCCACAUGUCAUGAUGGGGUGAACAGAUUUUCCUGUGAAUGUCCUCUGGGUUUCCAAGGUCGUUUCUGUACAGUCAAUAUUGACGAUUGUGCCAGCAAGCCAUGUCAUAAUGGGGGGAGGUGUUUUGAUCGUGUGGGGAACUAUGAGUGCUACUGCCCAGAAGGGUUUCUUGGGAAAUCAUGCGAGUUCCCUUUGCCCAAACCAACUUGGGAUUAUGACCAAAGUACAUCGGCUGUUGACAUUGAAGCCACAUGGGCUUCUCCCAGAGUAACUCAGCCUGUUAGGACUGUAGGCAUAAACAAGCUGGGAACAGGGAUGAGUGAGAAGCCUGGUGGAGGGAACAUCCAAAUAUCUGUAAAAGAGGUAUUUACACAAAAAGAACAUGGACUAAGUGAAGUACAGAUCAUCAUUGUGGCAGUUUUUGGUGGCAUGACUGGCAUGCUUGUCCUAAUCACUGUGACCGUCCUCCUGUGGUACAGAAAUAGAGGUGUCAGGAUGGUGGCCUGUUGCAGGGAUUCUCCAUCUGCCCCCAAAACACACUAUCAUGAAUGCCAGGAAACUUCAUCGAACAACCGCAAAACCACUGCCUUUUAA